AUGGAAAGUAGAGGUCAAGGCGAUAUCAAAGGAUGUAAUGAACACCCAAGUGAGGAAACUAAAGGUUUUUGCAAGGAUUGUUCAGCUGGUGUUUGCUUUAGAUGUGCUAUUGGAAAGCAUAGAACUCAUACUAUUGUAAAUAUUGAUGAACUCGACAGAAGAGAUUUGGAGACUCAGUUGACAGUAUUCGAGACUAAGAUUGAUUAAUUGAGGGAGAAGGCCCAAUAAAUCCUAGAGAAAGCUAAAAAUUCAGAAUCUCACAGUGAAAAACUACCUGAAAUCACUCGAAAUUUCUAGGAGAUUAAAGAGAGAUUUGGAAGUGGUCAAUAUAAGGAGAUGAUUGUGGGAGAAUUGGAAAGAAACUAUGCUCAGAUUAAGGACAUGUAUGAUAAGCUCACUAGGGAGGAAAAAGAAGACUAAAACCUGCAGGAUAAGCUUGCUUCACUAGAGAGAUCCACUGACACCUCUAUCUUCGAUUAUAUCAGAAGUGUAAUAGAUGAAAGAAAUGCGCUGAUUAAUGCUUAUGAGAAAAAUUUGAAAAAUCAAAAGACUAUGAUUGCCGAAUUCAAUCACUUUGACAUCAAGGAGAGAAUUAUUGACUUCUUCCAGAAUAUAUUCAUAGUCAAAAAGAAGUUGACUGACAAGAGGAUUAUACAUUACUUCGAAUGGGGAAACAAAAAUAUUCACUUCUAUGAUGUUUAGUCUAGAAAGCAAUCUAAAUACUUGGUCGAUUUUAAUAACUAUAUCCCCAAAUUUUGUAGAACAGUGGUAACUGAUCAUGGCAGACUGUUUUGUAUUGCUGGUCGUCAUCAGGAUAAUGUCUGCUGCAAUUGGAUGCUUGAAUAUAUUGAGGAGCAUAAGUGUCUCGAACAUAAAGCAAAUUUAAAUGAUGCUAGAUCAGAUUUCACCUCCAUUUAUGAAUCAGAAAAGGACAGAAUUUACGUGAUUGGAGGUAACGAUGCUAAGAAUUUCUAUAAAAAUUGUGAAUACUAUGACGUGGGGGCUGAUAAAUGGGUCAGAAUGGCUGAACUUAACGUAGCUCGAGACUCUGCUGCCUGCUGCGUUUUUAACGCUAAAUUUAUCUAUGUAUUCUCUGGUAGAAUUAAGUUCUCUCCUAAGGAGAUUACUGAUGUGUGUGAACUAUAUGAUGUGGAAAAGAAUAUUUGGGAAAUAAUCAAUGUUAAGAAUAAGAGCAACUGGAUACCUUGUGAUUUGGCUAUGGCCUUCUAGAUUGGACCCUCCUCGAUCCUCAUUUUUGGUGGCUUCGACAAAGCAAAUAGAACCAAUGCCACUUUUGUUUUUAACACUAACAAUAAAACCAUUGAGAAAUCAGGUGAUCUACCUACAGUAGGUUCAUUCUCAACUAUGGUAUUCCAGAUUGAUGAUUGUCUUUACACAGUCGGAUGGAAUAACACUAAGAAGAAUUUGUACAAGUACAACAUUUCAGACAGCUAUUGGAAGGUUGAUGAGGAGUUUACUAUCUGA